ACAUUUCCAGUGAAGCCAGCCAUUGAGAACUCUCUGAGGAUCCUGACUGCAGUUAUUGAUGGCAUGAGGCACUGGAGCCAGUUUAAAGACAAAGUCCCGUACUUAUUUGAGAUAUUUGCUACUCUAGACUCUGCGGUCACACAGGGUCGCCACGGAGCCAAGAAGUUCCUCAUGAGAGACGGGAAGGAGGUUGUGCAGUGUGUCUUCUAUGAAAAUGAGCAGGAACUGCCUCGUCUCAUUCGUGGUCAAGUCCAUCGCUGUGUGGGGAACUACGACCGCAGUAGAGAUGUCCUGAUAUGUGUGUCCGUCAGACCCGGCCUGCCCUCAGAGCUGAGGAAUGCUCUGGAGGCUGUCAAAGCCUGCGAUGCAGAAAUGAGAGUGCUGGUCAAAUCACUCAGUGAAGUCUGAGCAAGAGUAGGUAUCUUCAGCAGCGAGACUGAUAGGUAGAAAGUAUACCAGUAUUUUAUGAGGGUACAUGAGAGCCAAGCUUAGUGCUAUAUUGUAAUAGAUAACGUUUGUUGUGGCUUAAAGUCCCAGUAGUUUUACAAAGCAUGUUUAAGCUAUUAUUAAAGGUUUUUUUAUUUGUGAAGUGUGCUGUUGCCAUUAGCUUGUUGUUUGCAAGCAAAGUGCACUUGUACUGAACUUUAACAGCUGAAUUCUCUGGCAUGCUGU